UCUAAUCUGUUUUCUUCAGAGUUCCCGAAAAGAUGCUACUCAAAUACGCCAGUUUUGGACGAAUGCGGAAGACGAUGCAAAUGCGUGCGAGGAAAACUUGUCCAAUGCUGCCGUUUACGGAAAGAAUUCUUAGACAUGACUACAGCAGAGCGAAAACGCUAUAUACAAACUGUGAAGACAGCUUCGACCCACCCAGCUUAUAAAGGAAGAUAUGAGAGGUUGCUCACAUUACAUCGGAAUAUAUUCUUUAGUCGCAUUCAUGAAUUGGACUUUUUUCUGCCCUGGCAUCGUUGGUUCAUUCUGCAAUAUGAAAACCUUUUGAGGGAAAUUGACUGUCGAAUUACUGUACCUUUUUGGGAUUGGAGUUUAGUAGGUAAGCCAUGGGAGCGAGGUUCUUAAACGUUGCUUGUGGUAUCCAAAUAAAUGAGGCACUCUACCUAAAAUAUUACGGGCAUAGCGGACCCCGAACGACUGGGGCAGGUUCUAAUCGGGGACAUGGUCCCCCGCAAAAUGUUUCCAUUUUUAGUGUCUCGAAAGUCCAUUCAUGGUUUUUACAUCUUUUAUGUAAUAGACGAAAACAUUAAGAGGUACGCACACUCUGUUUCUUCUUAGUAUUGAAAGAGUAACAAAACUGGUCCUGACGGAAUGUUCGGGGUAGGAGUUCGGCCACCUUUAUUUUCGCUGUCGCUUUAAAUUUGCUUUUGUUGGCAUUUUUUCCUGUUACUAUUUAUGAAAUCUUAAAAAAAUUAAAAUUCUUUGCAUUUCUUUGAUAUAGUUUCAUGCAGCUAUCCAUAUUUUUUGUUUUUAUGCGCAAAAAAUUGCUUAGUCCUUCAAGAGUAAUCAUGACAUAUAUCAUAUUAUGUAAAUUAUUUGUUCUUGCUUAUUUGCCAUAUCACAAUUUUCUUAAUAUUGAUUGACUGUUUGAAUCCUAUGAUUAAAUAUGAUUGAUUGGCUGAAGUCAUCUCUCUAAUGUGAUUGGUUGAAAGAACUGCUAGGAGUGCGAUACCUGGCUGAAAUCGCACUCCUGUGAACCAAUCAGAUUGCAAGAAACACCUUUGAUUUCAAAAUGAAUAUAAUAAAUAACAUUAUUUUCUAAUAACUAAAGUUGAAUCUACGUUAUGCUAACCGCGAAGAAUUUUAGAAAGGAUGAAAAAUUACCCGGUGCUAUCUGGCUGUACUGCAGCCGGUCCCAGGUCUAAAAUUAACCUCGUUAACCUGAAUAAUUUCAUUAAAGUGCAUGAUUAAUUAAGUAUUCGCCGUCGUUGCAGGAUUGCCAACGUACAUGCGUGAGGUCCCUAAUAUGGGUGUACGCUAUACUCCGGAAGAAGAUCUCAUAGUUCAAGAAGAUAAUUAUUAUUGCUGCUUCAAUAAUCUUUCUUUUACUGGAAAAAUAAUGUACAAUCUUGGAAAAAAUAUGUGUAGACUUUUCGAAAUAUGCACCCAAAUUUGAAAACAUAUGAUGAAAAUGUGAGCAUUUUUCAAUUAAAGCGACUAUUUACCGUAAACCCCUCCCCCUCCCCCCAUAAUCAAUGUUGGUUCAGGUAAAGUGGAUUUGCAACACAUAUCACCUAAAUACCAACAUUGUAUAAGGGGAGAGGGAGGACAAAGUUUGAAAAUUUAAGAAGUCUACUAAUUUUUUUCCAGGAUUGUAGUUUUGCUGAAUCGUGCAUCGUUACUGAUUUUAGUACUAUCUGGCUGUACUGCAGCCGGUCCCAGGUCUAAAAUUAACCUCGUCAACCUGAAUAAUUUCAUUAAAGUGCAUGAUUAAUUAAGUAUUCGCCGUCGUUGCAGGAUUGCCAACGUACAUGCGUGAGGUCCCUAAUAUGGGUGUACGCUAUACUCCGGAAGAAGAUCUCAUAGUUCAAGAAGAUAAUUAUUAUUGCUGCUUCAAUAAUCUUUCUUUUACUGGAAAAAUAAUGUACAAUCUUGGAAAAAAUAUGUGUAGACUUUUCGAAAUAUGCACCCAAAUUUGAAAACAUAUGAUGAAAAUGUGAGCAUUUUUCAAUUAAAGCGACUAUUUACCGUAAACCCCUCCCCCUCCCCCCAUAAUCAAUGUUGGUUCAGGUAAAGUGGAUUUGCAACACAUAUCACCUAAAUACCAACAUUGUAUAAGGGGAGAGGGAGGACAAAGUUUGAAAAUUUAAGAAGUCUACUAAUUUUUUUCCAGGAUUGUAGUUUUGCUGAAUCGUGCAUCGUUACUGAUUUUAGUACUAUCUGGCUGUACUGCAGCCGGUCCCAGGUCUAAAAUUAACCUCGUCAACCUGAAUAAUUUCAUUAAAGUGCAUGAUUAAUUAAGUAUUCGCCGUCGUUGCAGGAUUGCCAACGUACAUGCGUGAGGUCCCUAAUAUGGGUGUACGCUAUACUCCGGAACAAGAUCUCAUAGUUCAAGAAGAUAAUUAUUAUUGCUGCUUCAAUAACCUUUCUUUUACUGGAAAAAUAAUGUAGUUUUGCUGAAUCGUGCAUCGUUACUGAUUUUAGUACCUCAAAAUCAUAUCCUGUCUCACAUUUUGUCCCGGCAAAGCGGCAUCAUAUAAAGAGCUCUUCUGAGAAGUACUUUACUUUGCUGGAAAAUGUUUCUGAUAAAUGAUUACUGAUUUGUCCACAUGAUUAAACCUAUAACAAGAAAACGUGGAGAUCGACGCUCCUUUGUUUGUCAUGCACCUUUCUAAAAGUCUUGUACCUCUAUUGUAGGUGCUGACCCUCUCUCAAGUGAUUUGUGGAAUCCAGGUCCCCACGGUUUGGGAGGCAAUGGUAACGGAUCAAAUAGUUGCGUGGACACUGGCCCUUUCAGAGCACAGGUGUGGUCCGUGAUCCAAAGUGCAGGAGGAGGAUGCCUUAGGAGACAAUUUCGGUAAGUUAUCUUUUAAUGUUUUAAAAUAGGGAACUAAAUAAAUACGUUAGUAAACAAAUAAAUAUAUAAAUAAAUAAUUAGAUAAAUGUUAAUAUGUUAAUGUAAAAAAAACGUAGUUAUUAAAUAAGUAGAUCUUAAAACUCAAGAAGAAAUUUUUAAAAUUUAAUGUUAAUGAGGUGUUGCUUACACAUUUAUACAAAAUUUUACUGCUUAAUUUGCAUAAACGUUUUCAUUCAUAUCAGUUAAAAUUACUUCUUAUUGCAAUUACUGAAUAUUUCCUCAAAACAAAUUUGUUGAAAUAUCAAAACCCUGGCUUGCGAGGUUGUUGAAAUAUAUGAAUUUCACAGCUCUAUUCUGCUCGAGGUUGUAUAUCUGACAGAGCACAGUUGCACAUACAUGCCCGUCAUGCCGUAAUAAUUACAAAUAGAUGAAUAGAUACAUAAAUACAGAAUAAUUAAAUAAAUAAAUCAGUAAAUAAAUAAAAAGGCAAAUAAAUAGUUUCAGCUGUAUAAUAAUUUUCUUUGCACCUGUAAAAGUAUACCAUCAUUUUAACGCCAUCUUCCAACCGCACUUACGCUUACUGAAAACAAAAAAUUACUCCCAGCAGAUCAUGCCAACAAAACUACAAUUUAUAAUUUCUAUAGUUUUAGGACCCCAGAUGCAGUUGCAGUUAAACAACUCAUCAUGAACAAUGCAAACGUGUCAGACUUUGAAAGAUUUGAAUUUUUGUUACGAUUGGAAUUCCACGACUUAGUUCAUUGCGUUAUCGAUGGAACAAUGUGCACCCUCGACUCAGCAUCGGCGCCCGAAUUCUUUUUACAUCAUGGUUUCGUCGACAAAAUUUGGUGGGAUUGGCAGCGUCUUAGCAGGACUCAUAAGUUUAAUGAGUAUUUCUUGGCUCAAAAACAGCGUAUGCCGGCGACCGUGUACAGAUCGCAAGAUUUCUUGGACUUGAACAAUCAGCCUGGAUGUGUAUGCGCGGAGUAUGUGCCGUCAAGGAGUAGAAUGUAUACAGCUUUGCAAGGUAGGUUUUUUACUAUGCCAUAUACACAGGACAGCGCGCAAGGGUGCUAUUUUUAAGGCGCAAUGGAAAAAGAGCAUUUAAGUUUGAAGCUCAUUUGGGAACUUUAAGUCAAUUUUAAUUAAUGUACAACACGAUCCACAUUCACGAUCAUCGAGGCCACAAAUUGACAGCUGAGAUGAGCUUAUGAUGACAUGUACCGAAUAUUAAUGAAAAUGGGAUUUAUAUCCCCACCAUUUAGGACCCUCUUAUAAUAGUGUUGUCUUCACCAAUGAAAUCAAUUUAUAUCAUUUGAAUUCCAUUUAUUUUUCAGAGGCAAGCAGAGAAAAGCUGUUAAGCAUCAAGCGACUUCCAAUGCCACAUAUGCCGGAGAAUGCAAAAAAAUUAUUUAAAAUUACGGAGGAAGAACUUGAUCGGUUACACAAGCUUAUGGAGAAUAUCGAACCACGAGAAACAACAACGAGCGCAUCAUUACAUGGGAAAGACAAGGCACGGGGAUUCAAGUAUGCUGAUCUUAUGAAAUAAGGUAUAAAUAAGAUCUAAAUUAGGUUUUCAAAAUCAAUAACGUGGAACAGAUAGAUAUAUCUAUCUCCAAUUUAUUAUUAAUUUAAUUCACUGGAAAUUAACCAAACAUAUCCCUUGAUGAUGCUAGAUACUAAUUAACAGCCGGAUUCCACAAGCGCAAAAUUGUUUGGGAGAAAUUGAGUUUGCAAAAUGUAGAAGAUGAGUGAUUGUAUGGAUGGUCCCGCUUUUUUGCUCUGGUGAUUAACUUCCCCGAGAAAACCUGUGCGCUUUCGAAUUUAGGGCAUAAAUUUUAUUUACUCUUUGCAUUAUCUGGGUCAAAUUAUGUCAUUUUAAAUUAAAAGCUUAAUGAGUAAUAUUAAUAAAAUUAAUAAGCUUAAUGCAGUUGCUUGCACCGUUAACUCUAUAGUACGUCCUCAGGUUCUCCACUUGUCUGGAACAAAAUACUUGGCUUGAAACACGCUACUCGGACUUGAAUCCUGUCUAAUUUUAAACAUUACAACUGUGUUUUUCUUUCAGAUGACGCACACGUAGCCAGAGUGAUGUAAUGCUUGUCUGAAAAAGAAGAGCAAAUUAUUUAAGAAUCCAAAACUAUUACAGAGUUGUAGAAAUUUUUUAGGGUAGGCUACUAUAGACAUGUUACCAUGACAAGGUGGAAACGAAACGCACAUCAGUUGAAAAAUGUAAAUUUGGUGGAAACGAACGUAAAUGGCGCUAGUUGAUUGCGAAUAUCAUAUGUAGCCUAAUUAUCUAUCAGUGGAUACAAUCUGCCUGAGAUUAAAAAUAUAUUCAAAAUAAAUUAAAAUUUAAAUCGUUUACAAUUUAACUCGUUCAUAGAUUUUGUGAUUUGGUCAUGAAUUUCUGGACAAUAAUUAUUUGUUAGAAAGCAAAGAGUAUCUGUCUUGAAUAAAACAAUAACUAUGAGGAGUUCGACGUUUUUAAAAUUUAUUUCUAACCACUUAUAUAAUACCCGUUGCUAUGGCAACAAUGACGUUUCAAUUUGGCGAAUAUUUUUGGUUUAAUUUGAUUCGAAAAUAUGUUCGGUGACCCCCAUUUUUUAUUUUAUAGCAUGAUUCAUUUUAGUAUGUUGAAUCAUUUUCAUGUCGAUUUUAAUUCUGUCAUACCAAAAUUGUUCAAGGUGGGAAAAUUCGUAGCAAAUUUUUUUCGCAUGAUAUAUUUUUUUAAAUCAUGGGAAUGAUUCAAAAUAAUAAACGAAUUCUUUUUUAUGAAAUAAAGAUGGGGUUACCGACCUUUCCAAGUUUUAAUAUCGGCCUUAUUGAAGCGUUAUUGUUGCCAUAGCAACGAUUCCUUCUUCUCGAAAAAAUCAAACUCUGUAGUUAUUUAGUUUCCUGGUCGGACUUUAUUUGUCUUUUAACAUAUAGGAAUUGUUGAAAAAUUGGGUCUAAAUCGGUGGUCUUUCAUUUUCUAGUGCACCGUAUAAGGACCACCAAUAGAAAAGUAGAUGCAUACAAGAUCUAUAAAAUGGCACCUAAUAUAUAUAUAGAAUAAUUUUGUAGAUGGAAAUUUCAAGUGCACAUUUUCUACAUUUAUCUAUACAUCCAGUAGCCUUUACAUGUAUAAAUGGUUAAAAUUUACAAUAAAUGUUUAUAUAAUAACUUUAAGAAUUCAAGCGCUUUCAAUGGUCUAUUAGAGAGCCAUGAUCUAUUAGAGGACAUACGCACGGAAUUGCGUCACAUAUAAAACCUUAUACCCAAUAGCUUUCCCUUAUUUGUAAAGAUCACGUAAUGUACGCGUGCUAUUUCUAAAAUUCGACUUUUUGAAUGAAGUGGUAAAAAGUACGUAAUCUAUCUAGCUGGGG